AAUGUUACACAGCAAAUGGGGCUGACUAUCGUGGCACUCAGAACCAGACCUCCCAAUAUGCAGGGAAACCUUGUCUUUUUUGGAAUGAGACCUUUGAGCAUCCUUAUAAUACUUUGAAAUAUCCCAAUGGGGAGGGAGGGCUUGGAGAGCAUAACUACUGCAGGAACCCUGAUGGAGAUGUCAGCCCAUGGUGCUACAUUGCAGAACAUGAGGAUGGAAUAUAUUGGAAAUACUGUGAAAUUCCAUCCUGCCGAAUGCCGGGGAAUCUAGGGUGUUACAAGGACCAUGGAGAGCCACCACCUUUGACUGGCACCAGCGAGACCUCCAAUAAACUUACUAUCCAAACAUGCAUCAGUUCCUGUCGAAGUCAACAAUUCAAGUUUGCAGGCAUGGAGUCAGGUUAUGCUUGUUUCUGUGGAAAUAAUCCUGACUACUGGAGAUAUGGGGAGGCAGCCAGUACGGAAUGCAACAGUGUUUGCUUUGGAGACCAUACUCAGCCUUGUGGUGGGGAUGGCAGAGUCAUUCUUUUUGACACCCUUAUUGGUGCAUGUGGAGGGAAUUACACUUCUGCCACAGCUGUGAUCUAUUCCCCAGAUUUUCCUGACACAUACGGCACAGGCAAAGUCUGUUACUGGACCAUACAAGUUCCAGGAGCAUCUCAAAUCCAUUUCAGCUUUGCCCUUUUUGAAAUCAAAGAUGCUACAGAUAUGGUGGAACUGCUGGAUGGCUACACCUAUCAUGUUCUAGCUCGUUUCAAUGGCAAGAACCGGCCUCCCCAGACAUUUAACAUCUCUUUGGAUUUUGUCAUUUUGUACUUUUUCUCAGAUGAAAUUAAUCAAGCCCAGGGAUUUGCUAUCAGAUACAGAGCUGUGAAGGACAAUGUGCAUCAAAACAAGAUUCCAAUGAAUCAGACCUUUUCAGAGAAGAUAAAUGAACAAGGAAAUCUCAGCAUCAAUGCAGCCCGGUCAUCAAAGAUACUUUAUGUUAUCACAACCAGCCCAAGUCAUCCCAGUAGCUCCAUGCCUGAGUGGACAAUAUACAGUCUCACAGCACUGCUCAUCCUAAGUAUUACAGCCGUAAUAGCAAAGAUAUUUCUCCACAUUACCAUGAGAUCCCAUCAGAUACCAUCUGCAACUGAAACAGAAGAUUCCAGUGAGGUUACCUCUGCUGGAGAGAUCUGGAGUAUAUUUUACCAACCGUCCACGUCGAUAUCCAUCUUCAAGAAAAAGCUUCGAAGUCAACAAGAUGAUUGCAACCCACUAGUGGGAAACUGA